GUGGAGUAUGGAACUAUUUCUCCUCUUGGCGUCAACCAAACGGGGAUCCUGAUAAAUGGGCAAUUUCCGGGACCGGAAGUUAACGUCGUUACUAAUGACAACGUUAUCGUUAAUGUGUUUAAUCAUUUAGAUGAGCCUAUACUUUUCACAUGGAACGGGAUAAAGCAGAGAAGGAGCUCGUGGACAGACGGAGUCCCGGGGACAAACUGUCCCAUUCUUCCAAACACAAACUGGACAUAUAACAUGCAGAUGAAAGAUCAAAUUGGGACUUACACUUAUUUUCUCUCAACUCAGUUGCAAAGGGCAGUCGGCGGGUAUGGUGCCCUAAACAUAGGACGCAGGUCCGUUAUUCCCAUUCCCUACGCGGAGCCUUCCGCCAAUUUCACUAUCCUUGUCAGCGACUGGUGGACCACCGACCACAAGGUACUACGAAGACUACUUGACAUCGGAAAGCCUUUCCCACCCCCCAAUGGCCUUCUCAUCAAUGGACUCCCUAACAAUCGAGUCGCCUUCACCGCCAAUAAAGGAAAAACAUACAUGUUUAGGGUUUCAAACAUUGGCAUGACAACGUCAAUCAACUUUAGAAUCCAAGACCAUAAUUUGCAACUAGUGGAAGUUGAAGGUGCACACACGGUACAAAACGUGUAUGACUCAUUUGACAUCCACGUUGGUCAGUCUGUGGCGUUUUUGGUAACUCUAAACGCCACAAACGUUAAGGACUACUACGUGGUCGCUUCAAGCCGUUUUGAAAGUUCCCUACUGAAUGCAACCGCAACACUUCACUAUAAUGGUUCCACGAUGAAAGUCUCCGGGCCAUUGCCCAAUCCACCAAAUGGUCAAUAUCCCUGGUCAAUGAAUCAAGCCAAAAGUAUAAGGUGGAAUUUGACGGCGAAUGCGGCAAGGCCGAAUCCACAAGGAUCGUUCCAUUACGGGACGAUCCCUAUAACGAGGACGUGGGUGUUAGCCAACUCUAAAGAAAAUAUAAACGGGACAACACAAUUCCGAAGAUACCCUUCAAUCUUAUCACCUUGAUGGCCAAGAUUUUUGGCCCGUUGGGUAUGAGAUGGGUGUGUGGACGAAUACGUCUAGACAAAAAUACAAUCUAGUUGAUGCCACAACUAGAUACACAGUACAGGUGUAUCCAAAAUCUUGGAGUGCCAUAUUGGUGUCCUUAGACAACAAAGGGAUGUGGAAUCU